AAAGAUUGGAAUAUUGUUGGCAUACAUAAACUUACGCCUCUUUGUUUUGGUGUUUAACUGCGUGCUCCACGAAACCCUUGCAGCGCAGCGCAGCAGCAGUAUCAUUCUUUUCAGAUUCUCGUGAUUUUCUUCUACCAUACCAUGGGUUUUAAGGAAUCAGGGGAAUCGGAGGUAAUGUUUUUAUGUUUGUUUGGAUGGUAGAUCUUGAGGAGGACAUUCGUUCUUUACAGCUUGACUCAGCAGCAGAAGACAUUAAUGGGGUGGUAAAUCCAGAGGAUGAAAAGCCAGAUGUUGAUAAGAUGGAUGAAGGUUUGUUGUCAGGAAGUGAUCCAAAGCAGGAGGUUCAGGCUCAGUCCGUUGAGGCCGAGCCAAAAGCCAAAGUUAAGGAAAUUCUUUCCGUUCAAGAUGAAGAAGAUGAGCUGAUGAAGAAAAGGCACUUGAAUGUUGUGUUUAUUGGGCAUGUUGAUGCUGGCAAAUCUACAACUGGAGGUCAGAUACUUUUCCUCAGUGGGCAAGUUGAUGAUCGAACUAUCCAAAAAUAUGAGAAAGAAGCUAAGGACAAAAGUCGAGAAAGCUGGUACAUGGCCUAUAUUAUGGACACAAAUGAGGAGGAGAGAGUUAAGGGAAAGACUGUUGAAGUUGGAAGAGCACAUUUUGAGACAGACACAACAAGGUUUACCAUUUUGGAUGCACCUGGCCACAAGAGCUAUGUUCCUAAUAUGAUCAGUGGUGCAUCUCAAGCUGAUAUUGGAGUGUUGGUAAUUUCUGCUCGGAAGGGAGAGUUUGAAACUGGAUAUGAGAGAGGUGGACAAACUCGUGAACAUGUCCAGCUUGCAAAAACAUUGGGUGUGACUAAGCUGCUUGUGGUUGUCAAUAAAAUGGAUGAUCCUACAGUAAACUGGUCAAAAGAAAGGUAUGAUGAAAUUGAGUCAAAGAUGAUUCCAUUUCUAAAGCAAUCAGGAUACAAUGUAAAGAAAGAUGUCUCAUUUUUACCAAUAUCGGGGCUCAUGGGUUUAAACAUAAAAACUAGAUUGGAUAAAAGUCUUUGUUCAUGGUGGGAUGGACCUUGCUUAUUUGAAUCCCUUGAUAGUAUUGAAGUUCCUAUGGGAGAUCCCAAAAGUCCUUUCAGGAUGCCUAUAAUUGACAAAUUCAAAGACAUGGGAACUGUUGUUAUGGGCAAAGUGGAAUCUGGUACUAUUAGGGAUGGAGAUUCCCUUUUGAUCAUGCCAAAUAAGGAUCAUGUAAAAGUUGUUGCUAUAUAUAUCGAUGAAAAUCGGGUUACACUCGCUGGACCUGGUGAAAAUUUACGGGUUCGAUUAUCUGGCGUUGAAGAAGAAGACAUAUUGUCUGGGUUCGUCCUGUCUAGUGCUGCAAAUCCAAUAUCAACAGUUACUGAGUUUGUUGCUCAGUUGCAGAUCCUUGAAUUACUGGACAAUGCUAUUUUUACUGCUGGAUACAAAGCUGUUCUGCAUGUCCACUCUGUAGUUGAGGAAUGUGAGAUUGUUGAGCUAUUGCAACAAAUUGAUCCAAAGACAAGGAAGCCUAUAAAAAAGAAAGUUCUCUUUGUAAAGAAUGGCGCUAUUGUAUUAUGCCGUGUUCAGGUUAAUAACGUGAUAUGUGUUGAGAAGUUCUCUGAUUUUCCACAACUAGGGAGGUUCACUCUUCGCACUGAAGGAAAAACUGUUGCUGUGGGGAAAAUCACUGCUCUCUGAGUUGGUAAAUUUUUUGACGUGAGGUACAAAAUAUUUCAUAUGCAUUGUUGACAUGUUCUUGCUUUUAAUGGUCAACUUUGUAAGGCUGUUCAUCUGGGGAUUUGGAUUCCCUAAAGUCAUAUUUUCCUACAUUUCCUACAUUUAGGCAAAACUUUAGGGUAUUUUUGUCAUUACAACACACAUAAAUGCACUUAGAUAUGCAAUAUUUUCUUUCUUAGUUAAUAUUUGUUUGAAUGUAGAUGAAUUUAGAGAGAUCAAAUGUAGAGAAUCCAAAUCCAUCUGGUUUGGAUUUCCAUGGUUUGAUGAUCCUAGUAUUUACUUUUCUUUUUUUGUUAAUUUUGAAGUUAAUUAGAAGAACUUUCUGUUGUCUUUCUCUUUUGUAUCUAGAUAUAUUGUUUGAUCUGGAAAUGGACUUGCAAAUGGUUGAGCCUAAAAUAUCAAAUAUUUUGUUUUGCAUUA